CCCGGUCCUCUUCCCUCCCGGCCCUCGUUUCUCCGGACUCCUCUCCAACCCCCAAAUCCGCGCCCCGAGUCGAACGCGCGCUCCAGCAGGGGGAGCUAGCGAAGAGGGGCGAGUUGUUUGCGGAGGGAAGAGGAGAGCAGGGCGCUACCGCGCUAGCGCCGUCAUGGAAGUAGUCCUUGCUCCGGACCAGCCCGACGGCCUGCACGCGGCGUUCGGGCCCAAGGAGCCCUGCGGCUUCGGAGAUCGACGCUUCUCCACGCCCAGCCUUCUCAACGGCGGCGAUCUCUUCUACGGCUACCCCUCCCCCUCGUCCCCCUUCGGCCUCGGCCGCGUGCUCUCCUCGCCGUCGCCGCGCGCCGCCUCGCUCUCCCGCGGCUCCUCCGACUCCGGCUCCGUCGUCGAUGAAGGGAACGAUGCGGCCGCCGCCGCCGCCGCCGCCGCAGAGCGCCGCCAACGCCUCGCCCGCCUCGCGCUCCAGUACCAGGAGGUGGUCACCUGCUUCGAGGUCUGCCUCUCGUACCUCGCCGACACCAGCAACGAGGCAGCGACGCUCCGCCGGGAGAACGACGAGCUCCGCAUCGCCAACGAGGAUCUCGCCCGCCGCAUCAAGAUGGUCGGCGGCAGGCUCGUCGACGAGUUCAGCGGUCUGAGCCUCACCGAGGAGCACCCCAUCCCACUUCUUCCUCUAACACCGCUGCCAGCCCCACCGGCGAUACCGAAGAGCAUCUCCGUCCGGUCGCCCGUUUACCUCAAGAUGAACCAGAAUGGCAAGCAUCGCCCCUCCAAGCCAACGAAGCUGGGCUCGCCGCAGCGCGUGUCCGUAGGCAUGGAAAGUGGCGUCAAUGGGGAGGGGGAGCUCAAGGGUGGGGAGGAGCAGCAGCCCAACAGCGGGCUGGAGUUCGAGGUGUACAAUCAGGGCAUGUUGAAGACGGAGCUGUGCAACAAGUGGGAGGAGACCGGCGCGUGCCCGUACGGCGACCAGUGCCAGUUUGCGCACGGCAUCGCCGAGCUCCGCCCCGUGAUCCGCCACCCGCGCUACAAGACCGAGGUCUGCCGCAUGGUGCUCGCGGGCGUCGUCUGCCCCUACGGCCACCGCUGCCACUUCCGCCACUCCAUCAACCCCACCGACCUCUUCCCCCUGCACCCCUGAUUUUGUCAGUCCAUCACCGACCGCCACUCCCUCGCCCGCCUCCACCCUCUCCAAAGUCAUCCGUUAUGCCAUUGUCAGUCCUAUAAAAAUAAAAAGACCAUGUCAUUAUCAGAGGUGAGGCUGAAAAGGGGAGCCGUAAAUAAGGUAUAGCUAAAUACAUAGAUAGAAAACGAAAUUGGGCUACAUAAUUAGCACUCAGGCAAGAUGUGAAUAUAGACUUCUAGACACCAAGCUGUUCAUAUGGGGCUGAUCAUCAGAUAUGUGAGUUAUUAUGUUGGUAGUACACCAUAACACCAUAUAGGUUAUGGUGUUAUUCCUAGUCAGUGUUUUUGGGGCAGAGAGGCGAAAGUCUGUGGACUCCUGUAAGGUAAACUUGGUAAGGCUGUUAUCUGCGUUUUCAUUGAUGUGUUGAGCACUUGCACAUUUGACAAGUGCAAGCAUCUUCAGUUGUACUGUUUCUGGGAAAUUGAAGCAAUGAAUUGUAUUUUGGUAGAAUA